AUGGGAGAUCUUUAUAUGAGUUUGUUUCCUGGCUGGUGCUUUACUAAUAAUAACCCUUGGUUGGAUAAAGGGAGGAUAAUAGUUGCUUGGAACCCUUCUAUAUUUUCCUUAGAUAUUAGGAAGUGUACAAGUCAAUUGAUUCACUGUAUUGCUCAAACUUGCCAAAAAUCAAAGGAGUUUCAUAUAACUUUUGUUUAUGGGUUCAAUGAAGUUCGAGGUAGAGAAGCUUUGUGGCUGGAUUUAAAAGACCUCAAGUCUAAUAUAGAUGAGCCAUGGAUGAUAGUAGGAGAUUUUAAUGAGAUUUUGAACUAUGAUGAAAGAGCUGGUAGUAAGAACCAUAAAAAGCCUUCCGAAAGUUUCAAGGAGUGUGUGAUGUAUUGUCAAAUGGAGGACCUUAAAUUUUCAGGAAGUUUCUUCACUUGGAAUAAUAAACAGAAGCCUGAAGAGAGAAUUUUCUCUAAGAUAGAUCGUGCUUUGGUGAAUCUGAAAUGGACAGACUCCUUUUCGAAUUCAGAGGUGGUCUUUCUGCCGGAAGGGGAGUUUGAUCACUGUCCUAUUUUGAUCUCUUUCUAUCAAGAUGUUAGUACUGGGAAGAAACCUUUUAGAUAUUUCAGCAUGUGGAAAACAACUCAGAGUUAUAAGGCAGAGGUUGGGCAAAGCUGGCAGACACCCAUUGCUGGUACUCCUAUGUAUCAGUUGGUGGGAAGACUGAAGAGGCUGAAGAGUGUUUUUAGAGCUAUUAACAGGGAGGGAUUCAAUGAGAUACAAAAGGUUGUUAUUCAAGCCAAGCAAGAGAUGUUAGAUAUUCAAGAAGACCUGAAUAUGGAUCCACGGAAUACUAUUUUAAUGGAACAAGAGCAAAGGGCCAGAGAUAAAUACUCUUAUUACCAGAAAGCUCAUAACUCUUUUUUAGCUCAAAAGGCUAAAAUAGAUUGGGUUCAAAAUGGUGAUGAGAAUACGACCAUUUUCCAUGCUUUUUUGAAAGCCCGGAGAGUCAAUAAUAGAAUUAAUUGUAUCCGGAAUGAGAGGGGUAUUUGGAUGGAUAAACCAGGGGAUAUUCAACAAGCAUUUCUGAGUUAUUAA